ACGCGCCCGGCCGGGGACCGGCGGAGCCUUGGCUCACCACGCCGCACCCUUCCCCCUUCUGGGGGCUCCGCUGCAGCUUCCCGGGAGCGCGGGGACAGGGGGCAGAGACAAAGCCCACUUUGUGCGGGGAGUUGGCUGCGGGCGUGGAAUGCGCGCGUCGGCGCGUGCCCCCUCCCCACUCCCCGCCAGCUGCGAGCCUUGGCUCCCCGACUGGCCGCGGUGAAGAAAUCGCGCCCUCUCGCCGCCCGCGGUCGGGGUGGUCCAGCCUCGGAGCUGAUGCGGCCUGAAGCCUCCCCUCCGAAGCGCGCAGGUGUGAGCGUGCGAAAUUUUGUAGAGGAAUUUGUUCUCUCCCAAACUAGGACCUGGGCAGCCCAGCGUAGGCAUCCGUGCCUUGACCCUCUCUGUGGCCGCAGGUCUGAGCUGUCUGGCCUCAGUUGCCCCCCGACUUGUCGUCUCUCUGCAAGCCCAGACUGCUGCCAGUUAUUGUUCUCGCUGUCAAAUGGGGGUGCUUUCUGAAGGUUGCCAAGUUGCGGUGUGUUCUCCUUAUACUGUUUUUCAGAUGGUACAAGGCCUCUAAGGCUGACCCCAGACCACCAACCCCCGACUUCACGUUGAGGCACUGAUUUUUUUUUUUUUUUUUUUCCUUAUAGAAUAGUAUUUUAUUGUACUGGAGCCACGCCCUGGUUUCUUAAAGGCGCCUUGCACUCUGUUUGGCCAUGUGUUGUGUCUGCAGCUGGUGUGCGGGAGGCCUCCUGUGAACCACCUAUCUUUUCCUGCCUCCCGAUACUUACUUCCGCCCCCGUCAAGGAUUUGGGGAUGCCAGGAGGGAAGAAGGUGGUUGGGGGCGCUGCUGCCCCCACUACUGCCACUGCUGCCUCCUCUGGGGUCAGGCAUUUGGAGACCAAUGAAGGGGCCUCAGCCCAGAGAGAUGAUGAGCCAGAAGAGGAAGGAGAAGAGGACCUGCGAGAUGGAGGUGUCCCCUUCUUUGUCAACCGGGGUGGGCUGCCUGUGGACGAGGCCACCUGGGAAAGGAUGUGGAAGCACGUGGCCAAGAUCCACCCCGAUGGAGAAAAGGUGGCCCAGCGGAUCCGUGGAGCCACGGACCUGCCCAAGAUUCCCAUACCGACUGUGCCUGCGUUCCAGCCCUCCACGCCUGUCCCUGAGCGUCUGGAAGCCGUGCAGCGCUACAUCAGGGAGCUGCAGUACAAUCACACAGGGACCCAGUUCUUUGAAAUUAAGAAGAGCAGACCCCUCACAGGGCUGAUGGACCUGGCCAAGGAGAUGACCAAAGAGGCUCUGCCAAUCAAAUGCCUGGAAGCCGUGAUCCUGGGAAUUUACCUCACCAACAGCAUGCCCACCCUGGAACGCUUCCCCAUCAGCUUCAAGUCCUACUUCUCAGGGAACUACUUCCGCCACAUUGUGCUGGGGGUGAACUUCGGGGGCCGCUAUGGGGCCCUGGGCAUGAGCCGGCGCGAGGACCUGAUGUACAAGCCGCCAGCCUUCCGCACACUCAGCGAGCUGGUGCUGGACUAUGAAGCCGCCUACGGCCGCUGCUGGCAUGUGCUGAAGAAGGUGAAGUUGGGCCAGUGCGUGUCCCACGACCCACACAGCGUGGAGCAGAUCGAGUGGAAGCACUCCGUCCUGGACGUGGACAAGCUGGGCCGCGAGGACUUUCGCAAGGAGCUGGAGCGGCACGCCCGUGACAUGCGGCUCAAGAUUGGCAAAGGGACCGGCCCUCCGUCCCCAACCAAGGACCGGAAGAAGGAUGUGUCCUCCCCACAGCGGAGCCAGUCCAGCCCCCACCGCAGGAACAGCCGCAGCGAAAGGCGGCCUUCGGGUGAGAAGAAGCCUCCCGAGCCCAAAGCCAUGCCGGACCUCAAUGGGUACCAGAUCCGGGUGUGAGGCGGUGGCAGCACCCCGGCUGCACCCACGUCUGGGGGCCAGGAUCUCCUGCCAGAACCAGCCUGGCUCGUGGGACGAAGGGCUGGUGAUGGGGCAGGUGAGAGGCUGCAGGAAGUGUGUUCCAGCUCAGCCGCUGAGCCGCUGCCCCUCCCACUGGGCCAAGCCUCCUAGCUUUGGGCCAAGAAGCCGUUAGUAUUUUAUUUGACGUUUUUAACUUGACGACUAAAGUUUACGGUUUUUGGAGAAAACUAAAAAUGGAAUGGAUCUGCCAAUGGCUGGCGGGCCAGUACUUAGGAGAUCUAACAGGCCAGAGGCUGAGUGAGGAGGGCUUGCUGGCUCCGCUGGUCUCCCUGCCCCCGGCCACUCCUGGGAUUUGGGUCCGUCCCUGUACGGGGACUCUCCCAGCCUGCUGGGCCUGUGGCAGGACCGCGGAGGAGCCGAGGUGUCCUCAGCUUGCGUCUACACUGGCAGCAUCAUGACACAGGGAAAAGGAAGCAGGGUAGGAAGCAUCCUGGGCCCAUGCAGGGAGCUUGACACAGUCGACAUCUCCCUCAAGUGUGGAAGCCCACAGCCCAGGAGCCCCAUGGACAGACGGUGCUGCCGUGCGGACACUGCCUACCGGCAUGCCCCGUGCUUGGGGCUGUGGGAGAGCCCAGGAGAGAACCUCUGGGGGAAGUUCCCAGCCCCCAGCCCCUCUUGCUCAGGCCAGCUCUGUCUGUUGCUGAAGCUGAGGCUCCCUGCACAGGCGCUAGGCUUUGCUGAGGGCUCAGCCUCGCCCUGGGCUCAGUGUGAUUGUGGGAAUUGAGCUGAGCUGGUGGGUCCAGGAACUGCGGCUGGGGACAGGGUGGUACACUCAGGUCUGGGUCUGUCCCCUGGCAGUACCCGGGGGGCGGACCCUGACCCCCUGCCUCCUAUUACCUCAGCCCUUGCUGGGUGAAUGAAGACCAGACCAGAAAGCUUGUGCCCUGGGCCCACCUCCCCUCUCCGAGCAGCCUGUUUAGGUUUGUGGGCCCCUGUGAUGGUCAGGCCUCUUGUCAGGGAAGAACCUGAACAGCCAGAGCCCGCACAGCCUUCCUGUCUGGCAUGAGAGAGCUGGCAGGCAGGUGAGAGGGUGUAGAAGAGGUUGAUGGAGCUUGGGGAAGUUUCUGGAGGUUCAAGCAACAAAGAGGAAUAGGGCAAGGAUGCAGUGUGGCCCCCGAGGAGGGGCAGAGCCUGAGGAGUGGGGGGUGUAAGUGAGAAAAGGAUGUGGGGGAGAGUUUAGAGUCGGGCUGCCUUGGGGAGGAGUGAGUUCCUGUUGCUGGAGGUAUUCAAGCAACGACUAGAUGGUUACUCGCCAGGGAGCCGUUGAGAGGAUUCAGGCUACGGAAGGGUAGUGCAUGGUUUCUUUUACUGAGGGGCUAUGAUGCAGCCAGGGGCGGUCAGCACGGCUGCAGAGGGGCUGGGAGCCUGGAAAAGGGAGGCUCAGACCUACAGUUAGAAACU